UACAGAAUGCAGUUACACAAACAAGUGCUUGACCCAUCAACGCGAAGCAGGGGUUCUUCAGCCGUCACACACGACGCCAUCUUAUUGGUUUGAGGUUGGCAGAGACAGAUAGACAAGGUGGUCAUUAUCAGUGGGAAUUAUGAGCGAAGCUAAAGCCGUCAUCGACCCGCCUGUUGCUCCAGAGAACGUCUCGAGCAGCGGGCACAGUUCCGUGGCUGUCGCGCGGGAGCGCAAGCCAGGUGGAGGGGUUCUGAAGAGACUCAAGUCUCGUCGAAGCCAGGUGGACAGUAGGCCCGUUACAGAAGACGAUCUUCGAACACAAGUUGGUCACAUCACCCCCGAAGAGGUCCUAGGAUUGCGGGUUGCUGCACGGGGGUACUUGUGCAAACCAGAGGACAAUAUCUUCAACAUAGAUUUCAUUCGCUUUAAAAUAAGAGACCUUGAGACAGGCACUGUGUUGUUUGAAAUUGCCAAACCACCUCAUGCAGAGGAAGGAGAGGGAAAUAGAGAGGGAGACAUGAGUGCUGGACGUUUUGUACGCUACCAGUUCACUGCUGCAUUUCUACGCCUAAGGACCGUGGGAGCCACAGUGGAGUUCACGGUUGGGAACCGGCCUCUGAACAGCUUCAGAAUGAUUGAGAGGCACUACUUUAGAGAUCACCUCCUGAAGAGCUUUGACUUCGACUUCGGUUUUUGUAUCCCAAACAGCCGCAACACCUGCGAACACAUCUACGAGUUUCCUCAACUGUCUGAGAGUUUGGUUCGUCAGAUGGUGGAGAAUCCCUAUGAGACGAGAUCGGACAGCUUUUACUUUGUGGACAACAAACUGGUUAUGCACAACAAGGCAGACUAUGCCUAUAAUGGGGGCCGGCAUUGAUCGUAAAUGUGUCUGUGUGCGUGCGUCUGUGUAUGUUGCUGUGUGUGUUUUGCCCAAGCCUUUACUCACACACAAAAAUUGCAACCAAAUGUUGAUUAGGCUUCUAUAAGUUUGACUGCAUUGAUUGUUACUGUAUCGCUGUAUAGAAAAUGGAAAAGUAAGGAGAAGUUGAGAAACAGACGCACAGAGCCACAUGGACUGCUAGCAGUAGCGUGGCAACAUUCUGUUAAUAGUGCUUUGUCUCUGUCCCGCUAAAAGGAGGAAAGUGAAACACUGUAAUUAAAUGUGUGCUAACCAAGUGCUUCAAUUUAGUAUGCAGUUGGAAACUUCAUGUACUUUCAUUGACCUUUUGGUGAAAUAUAUCUUUUAUUUUUUAUAUAUUGUUUUCUUGACCAAUUUUACCUUUCCAAUUUGUGAUUACGGCUUAGUUUCACUGAAUGAAAUCCUAGCGGGUUUGGGAGAAAUGUGUCCUCCGAAUUCUCGUCUCAUCAAGUUGCUAUGGUCUCAUCACACCACUCACUUAAACGCCAACAACCACGACUGAGCAGCAACGAGCACUAAUUCCCCACCAGAUUCUGCUUCUCACUAGAUGUAAGUCAUACAACAUCCAAAACAGAGCCUGACUGGCAAAACACUAACAUGUCCUCUCUCUGUUUUCCAACCUGUGUGCUCAUUUGAAAUGCAUUACUAACGCAGGAAGGGGAAAGAGACCCACUCUACACAAACACCAUCGCUGUCAAACACCCAUGCCAGCUCACUCACACACACUUUUACCACACGCUCUCCCAGGGAGACCCACUGAGGCAUGGUACAGGAAUGUACCUGUAUUCAAUUUCAUCUCUGUGGUGUAUCAGAUGUUCAGGUGGAAGAACAGACUCAACAGAAUUAAGUGAUCAGAGGGAGGACUUGUAUAUCAGAAGUACAGAUUUGCCAGAAAUGUAUUGAAGGUUUAGAAUAACUAUAACUUAAAAAAAAAAAAAAUA